UGGGUAUGGGUGGAAGUGAUAGUGGCUGAAGUCAUGAGGGGUUUUGACUGGGAGGGAAUGGUUGAUGAGUGCAUGACGGCAGGGGUUGUCGUCUUGGUGACCAAGGUGGGGGUAGUGGUGGAUGCAAGCGGAGGUGUGGAUGACGUGCUAGUGGAGAGGGCGGUGGACAUGGGGUACGGGGUGAUUGGUGUAGAUGUGGAGGCAGAGGAUGGGGGAAGGGAGGUGGCACCCGAGAUGGUGGAAACGAAUGUUUUGAUGUCGUCCAUGGAUGACUGGAGAGAUGUCAUCAUGCCAAAAAGAGCCACGAGGUCGAUGGCGACGUUGGGUGCUGGUGUUUGCUCGCUUGCGAGGUUGCGGGGGAUGCUGUCGACGGAGUCGGAGCGGAUGUCGGACAUAUCAAUGCUAGAUGAUUGGGCCAUGGUGGGGGAGGAAGCGGUGGUAGAUGCGGAUGAGGUGGCAGCUGCAGCUGCAGCAGCAUUAGCAGCGGCGGCGUCAGCGGCUGCGCGUUGAGAGUUUCUGGUUGGAUGCGGCAUGCCCCGGGGGGGGGGGGGGGGGGUGUCCUGUUUACAAAAGUAGAACGUCGUCAAUUGAUUUAGCAAUAAAGGUAAUUCCCAGAUAAAAUUCACAAAACAAG